AAUCUUACUGCAAACGGAGGGUGACGGUAAAAGAGGAGAUUAAUUAAGUGGACCAAGACGCGCCGCUUGGUGUUUAUCAGCCUAUCAGGUACCAGAAAAUGUGAUAGUAGAGUUUGGCAAUUGUGCCUAUGCUUGGGGCUUAAUGCAUUCAACUUCAUCAGAAAGCAAGUUGAUCCGUUGACUAUGCAGCUCUCUGCUCUAUAAAUCGAAACCAUUCGUUCGAAGAAAUCACACAGCAACUGCAGAACAAGUUUCUAUUUACUAGCCAGUGUCCUUUCCCAAUAUAGCUAGCCAAAAAUGGCAUUCAACUUGACGUCGAAGCUUACUCAGCGAUUCCUACCGCCACUACUACUUUUGGUUUUCACCAUCAGUUUAGCUGAAGCUAAUACCAUUCUCAAAGAAACCCGAUUAGUCUUGUACUUUCAGGACUUCACUGCAGGUCCAAAUAUCUCGAACAUAGCUGUUGCAGGCAUUGCCGGAAAGGAGUGGAGUUUCACUCAAUUCGGAACAAUUUACGUCACCGACGACGCCAUGACUCAAGGCCCGAAAUUAACAUCUCCCGUUGUGGGACGUGCUCAAGGCAUAAAGGUGGCAUCGGCACUGAACGGACGUAAUACCCUUGUCUUGGUGUCUCUUGUGUUCACAAACUUGAAGUACAAUGGCAGCACUCUAGAGUUACAAGGAAACAGUAAGAAUUUUGAGCCAGUCAGAGAGGUUGCGGUGGUAGCCGGCACCGGAAAGUUUCGAUUUGCUAGAGGAUAUGCUACUUUUGAAACGUUUUUUCUGGACCCUGCUACUUCUUACGCAGUUAUACGAUGCAACGUUACUGUGCAACACUACCAUCUAUAA